UGCAGAAGAGGAGGUAGAGCCAGUCCACAGAGAAACAGGGACCCUCCGCCGAUAAAUCGCUCACUCCUAGCCAGAGAAAUAAAUCCGUUCCCAAACUGGAUCGCGGUGAUUUUUUUUAUUUAUUCUUGCGAUGCUCCAACCACUCUCGCUCUGCGUGCGCAGAAGACGCCUAGUAAGAUAAUUGUUUUGUUUGUAUUUUUGAAUUCUUAUUUUCAUUAAAGCAUCAAAGUAGGAGGAAAGGACACAGGGGAAGACUUCACUUUCGUGUGGAUUUUUCGAUUCCAAGUAAUUUCAAAAUUCUUGUAUUGCUAGUUAAGUUUGUAUUUGUUGGUUAUGAGCUGAGAAACGCGUUCCUUUCAUGCCUGAUAUGGUGUUUCCAAAGCUGGAAGUUGCAUCUUUGCGUGUCAACAUUUGAUUUGUUUUUUCUUGUUUUACUGUAAUUGAAAAAAAAAAAAGAUAUCUGUACUGGUUUUGAAAAGCAAAACAAUAAUGUUACUGGAUGCUGGCCACCAGUUCCCCGGACUGGGAGUGGGCUCGUUUGCCAGGCAUCACUCUGCGAGCGAGAUGCAGGACAGAGACUUGAGUUUGGCGCAGAACAGCUUUGUAGACUCCGCACACAUGGGUGCGUUCAAGCUAAACCACGAUCUCUCCCCGGGACAGAGCUCUGCCUUCACCACCCAGGCGCCGGGCUACCCCGCUGCGGCUCUGGGGGCCCACGCCGCCCAUGUCACGUCGUACGCGAGCUCCCCCUUCAACUCCACCAGGGACUUUCUCUUUCGCAGCCGCGGCUUCGGUGAAUCCUCUCCAGCGAGCGGCCAGCACGCUAUUUUUGGCCCCACUACGGGAUCCCUUCAUCACUCCCACACAGACACUCAGAGCCACAUUCUCUUCCCCGGGAUCCACGACCAGCACGGCUCCCACGGUUCCCCGAACGUCCUAAACGGCCAAAUGAGACUCGGACUGCCGGGUGAAGUUUUCGGGCGCUCCGAGCAGUACCACCAGGUCUCCAGCCCGAGGACCGACCCGUACUCUGCCGCGCAGCUCCACAACCAGUACGGCUCCAUGAAUAUGAACAUGGGUAUGAACAUGGCAGCCCACCACCACCAUCACCCCGGUGCCUUUUUCCGCUACAUGAGGCAGCAGUGCAUCAAGCAGGAGCUCAUCUGCAAGUGGAUCGACCCGGAGCAGCUGAGCAACCCCAAGAAGUGCUGCAACAAAACUUUCAGCACCAUGCAUGAGCUGGUCACGCAUGUCUCCGUGGAACACGUCGGUGGUCCGGAGCAGACCAACCACAUCUGCUUCUGGGAGGACUGUCCCCGGGAGAGCAAGCCGUUCAAGGCGAAAUACAAACUGGUGAACCACAUUCGGGUGCACACGGGGGAGAAGCCCUUCCCGUGCCCCUUUCCCGGUUGCGGCAAGGUCUUCGCCCGCUCAGAAAACUUGAAAAUUCACAAGAGAACGCACACAGGAGAGAAACCGUUCCAGUGCGAGUUUGAGGGCUGUGACAGAAGAUUCGCAAAUAGCAGCGACCGAAAGAAACACAUGCAUGUUCACACGUCGGACAAGCCGUAUUUGUGCAAAAUGUGCGACAAGUCCUACACACACCCCAGCUCUCUACGAAAACACAUGAAGGUCCACGAAUCCACUCCAUCUGCGUCAGAUUCAUCGCCAGCUGCAAGCUCCGGCUACGAGUCGUCUACACCCCCGGGCCUGGUGUCCCCCACCACCGAGACCCAAAGCAACACCACUCUGUCCCCAGCCUCAGCUGUGCACAACACCACCAGCCACAGUGGCCUGUCCUCCAAUUUCAGUGAAUGGUAUGUGUAGGACUGAGCGAAGCCACACACACUGCACUUCGCAGCACUGGGCCAUUCCACAGGAUAUUCUUGUUAUUUGGACACACAAAAAAAACAUUUAUUUUUUAUUUUAUUAUCCACCAGGCAGGAUGAUACUGACCAGCAGAGGGAAAUGUGUAUAAUAAACCUGGGGAUGUGUGUUUCAUACUGUAAAUAGGAACUUAAAAAAAAUCCACGUUCCCAUUUGGUUGUGGUAGUUUUGUCAAGUCUUUUGGUGUAUAGAUGUUCAUUCGGGUAGCUGUUUCUCUAACUGGAAUCUUAGUGCACAUAUUACCAUUAAAAUCUGUACUAUAAUCUUGACUAUUGUGAUCCUGAGGCAAACUGAUUGUACUAUACUAAAACAUCUAUAAACUGGAGAGAGUGCCAAAGUUAACCGUCUAACUCCCAACAGACCACAAUAAUCCUGAUCGUGAAUGUAUAUUUUAGUUUGCUGGGGCUUAACUUGUGAUGUUUUUGUGCUUUGCAAGUUUGAAUUGUGAAAAAAAAAAGAGAAAACCCUUUCUGGAAAGAUUGUGAGGUCAAAUAAACGUUGUGCCGUUUUUUUUUUUUGGUUGUCUUUUUUUUUUUUGGUCUGUACCCACACAUCCUUUCCCUUAUUUUGUAAAUAUCAGCUGCCAUAUUUAUCCAUUUGUAAUUAAAUUAUGGUAUUUACUUGCUACAGAUGAAACAGUAUUUAUAAAAAGAAUGUUUCUUUACCUAUAAAUAUGUACAAUGACGAGCUGAAAACACGGGCAGUUGUUUCGUUUUGUGCUAACUUUUGUUCAAAGUUUUAAGAGGUGUUUCCUUCUUUUAAUUGUGAUAAGAAUUUUACUGCUUACAAAUAAUAAUAAAAAGGUGUUGCAAGUGCUGAAUAA